UGCUCCGGGUGCCUGCGAACCCGGGUGAGGGGCCGGGGCGCGGCGCGGCGGAGGUCCCGAGCCCGGGGGCUGGGCUGCUCCGGCCUUCUGACUCAGCCGCGCGUCCAGAUUUCGGAUUUCUCUCCUGGGCGGGGAGCGCGCAACUUCCUGGUUCCCGCCGAGACCCUCGCUGCCAGCUUCUGGCCGGCCGUGAGCCCCGCUGGCCCCGGGGCUCCUCCCUGGACUUACCUCGCCCCCGUCGGAGCCCAUCCCUGCGUGGCGAGGUGCUUCUUGGACCGGGCCGAGUGGAUCUCAGAGGGGCGUCGGGGCGGGGAGGCCUGCCGGAGGCGCCCUCGUCCUCCCAGGAUGUCUGGCGCGGAGGACAGCCUCUAUCCCUACGCGGACUACCUGGACUCCAGCCAGCUGCACAUGGAGCCUGACGAGCUGGACACUCUGAGGGAAGGAGAGGACCCAGCGGACCGAAUGCACCCCUUCCUGGCCAUCUACGACCUCCAGCCUCAGAGAGCCCACCCGCUGGUGUUCGCCCCUGGGGUCCCCGUGACAGCCCAGGUGGUGGGCACCGAGAGAUACACCAGCGGAUCCAAGGUGGGGACCUGUACGCUCUACUCCGUUCGUCUGAGUCACGGCGACUUUUCCUGGACCACCAAGAAGAAGUUCCGGCACUUUCAGGAGCUGCACCGGGACCUCCAGAGACACAAGGUCCUGAUGAGUCUGCUCCCCCUGGCGCGCUUUGCUGUGGCCUCUUCUCCAGCCCGAGAGGCGGCCGGUGAGGACAUCCCCUCCCUGCCCCGAGGAGGGUCUGAGGGCUCCAGACACAGAACCAGCAAGCAGAAAUACCUGGAAAAUUACCUCAACCGCCUCCUGACCAUGUCUUUCUAUCGAAAUUAUCAUGCUAUGACAGAGUUUCUGGAAGUCAGCCAACUCUCCUUUAUCCCAGACCUUGGCUCCAAAGGACUGGAAGGGGUGAUCCGGAAGCGCUCUGGCGGGCAUCGAGUUCCUGGCUUCACCUGCUGUGGCCGAGACCAAGUGUGUUACCGAUGGUCCAAGAGGUGGCUGGUGGUGAAGGACUCCUUCCUGCUGUACAUGCGCCUGGAGACCGGCGCCAUCUCGUUUGUUCAGCUUUUCGACCCCGGCUUUGAAGUGCAGGUUGGGAAAAGGAGCACGGAGGUGCGGUAUGGGGUGAGGAUUGACACCUCGCACAGGUCCCUGAUUCUCAAGUGCAGCAGCUACCGGCAGGCGAGGUGGUGGGGCCAGGAGAUCACAGAGCUGGCGCAGGGGCCGGGCAGGGACUUCAUACAGCUGCACCGGCACGACAGCUACGCCCCGGUCCGGCCCGGCACCCUGGCCCGGUGGUUUGUGAAUGGGGCAGGUUACUUUGCUGCUGUGGCGGAUGCCAUCCUGCGAGCUCACGAGGAGAUUUUCAUCACAGACUGGUGGCUGAGUCCUGAGAUCUACCUGAAGCGCCCGGCCCAUUCAGACGACUGGAGACUGGACGUUAUGCUCAAGAGGAAGGCGGAAGAAGGUGUCCGCGUCUCUAUACUGCUGUUCAAGGAAGUGGAGCUGGCCCUGGGCAUCAACAGCGGCUACAGUAAGAGGACGCUCAUGCUGCUGCACCCCAACAUAAAGGUGAUGCGCCACCCGGACCUUGUGACGCUGUGGGCCCAUCACGAGAAGCUCCUGGUAGUAGACCAGGCAGUGGCUUUCUUGGGGGGGCUGGACCUUGCCUAUGGCCGCUGGGAUGACAUGCGGUACCGGCUGACUGACCUGGGGGACCCCUCCAAAGCUGGACAUCCACAGACCCCCACAGCAGGUGCAGACCCCGUGGCCGCCCCAGACCUCUCGCACAACCAGUUCUUCUGGCUGGGAAAGGACUACAGCAACCUCAUCACCAAGGACUGGGUGCAGCUGGACCGGCCUUUUGAAGAUUUCAUCGACAGGGAGACCAUGCCCAGGAUGCCGUGGCGGGAUGUUGGCGUGGUGGUACACGGUGCAGCUGCCCGGGACCUGGCCCGGCACUUCAUCCAGCGCUGGAACUUCACCAAGACCAUCAAGGCCAAGUACAAGACACCCGUGUACCCCUUCCUGCUGCCCAAGUCCACCAGCACCGCAAACUGUCUCCCUUUCACAAUCCCAGGCGGGCAGUGCACCCGGGUGCAGGUCUUGAGGUCCGUGGACCGGUGGUCGGCAGGGACUUCAGAGAACUCCAUCCUCAACGCCUACCUGCACACCAUCCGGGAGAGCCAGCACUUUCUCUACAUCGAGAAUCAGUUCUUCAUCAGCUGCGCAGAUGGACGCACAGUCCUCAACAAGGUGGGCGAUGAGAUUGUGGACAGGAUCCUGAAGGCCCACAAGCAGGGCCAGUGUUUCCGGGUCUACGUGCUUUUGCCUCUGCUGCCUGGCUUUGAGGGGGACAUCUCCACAGGGGGUGGUAACUCCAUCCAGGCCAUUCUCCACUUCACUUACAGGACCCUGUGUCGUGGGGAAUAUUCAAUCUUACAUCGUCUCAAAGCAGCCAUGGGGACGGCGUGGCGGGAUUACGUGUCCAUCUGUGGGCUUCGCACACAUGGAGAGCUGGGCGGGCACCCGAUCUCCGAGCUCAUCUACAUCCACAGCAAGAUGCUCAUUGCGGAUGACAGGACGGUCAUCAUCGGCUCCGCGAACAUCAAUGACAGGAGCUUGCUGGGGAAGCGGGACAGUGAGCUCGCCAUUCUCAUUGAGGACACGGAAAUGGAGCCAUCCCUCAUGGACGGGGUGGGGUACCAGGCAGGCAGGUUCGCCCUGAGUCUGCGGAAACACUGCUUCAGUGUGAUUCUCGGGGCAAAUGCCCGGCCAGACCUGGACCUCAGAGACCCUGUCUGUGAUGACUUCUUCCAGCUGUGGCAAGACACAGCGGAGAAUAAUGCCAGCAUCUAUGAGCAGAUCUUCCGCUGCCUGCCAUCCAAUGCCACCCGUUCCCUGCGGACGCUCCGGGAGUAUGUGGCUGUGGAGCCCCUGGCCACAGUCAGCCCUUCUUUGGCUCAGUCUGAGCUUGCCCACGUCCAGGGCCACCUAGUUCACUUCCCCCUCAAGUUCCUGGAGGACGAGUCCUUGUUGCCCCCACUGGGAAGCAAGGAGGGCAUGAUCCCUUUAGAAGUGUGGACAUAGCUGGGGCCCCGAGCGGCCACAUUUCUUAGCCACUGGGCUCCGCUGGGCCUGGAUCCUUGCCCCAAACCCUGAGCUCCAAGGGCGCUGCCCUUUGACCUCUGGGGAGGACAACUCUGAGUCCUAGAGAAUCACAGAGGACCUUCACUGGAGCAGUAGCCAAAGGGAGCACUCCCGAACCUGGCCCGGUGAUCCAGGAGUUCUAGAGACGCUUGUCUCCUGCGACUGAGUUCAGACCACUACCCCACAGAACCCUGAUCCCUCUAGGAGGCUGAGGGAGGCCCAGCCUGCUACUGCAGGAAAAGGGGCUCCUGUCCAGGGGCCCUUUCAUCUCACUCCUCCUCCUGGCCUCCUGCCCCAGGGCCCCUCCCAGCCCAUGCAGCCGAGAUGGAGUGUAGCCCCACCGAGGUGGUGGGAAGGACACCGUCACUGCCUCCAGCAGCCUGCUGACGACACUAACUUUGCACCAGCUCAUCACGCAUUUCAUAAUAAACUGUAGAAAAGG